CGUUGAUGCCGCUGCCAGCCAGUCGAACGUCAAAGUGAAGUCAAAGUUUUCGAAGAGUUGCGAAAAUCUUUCGCUCGGAAAAAAAGAUUUUGUUUUUCCGACAAUUUCAUCGAUUUUAGGACAAUUCCAGUGCAUCGAACCUAGCUUACGCCAGGUACGAAAAUGAUCCGCGCGCCGUUGACCAGGGCUGUUGCGCUUGGAGCACGCUGCCCAACGCAAAUCAUCGUCCGAACAGCGGCGUCCACUCCGGCCAAAGCCCCGGAAAAGAUUGAAGUAUUCGUUGAUGACUUACCGGUGAUGGUAGAACCAGGAACUACAGUGCUGCAGGCUGCUGCACUGGUGGGUGUUGAAAUUCCUCGCUUUUGCUAUCAUGAACGGUUGGCCGUUGCCGGAAAUUGUCGGAUGUGUUUGGUGGAGGUGGAGAAAUCUCCGAAGCCGGUUGCCGCCUGUGCUAUGCCGGUGAUGAAGGGAUGGCGCAUCAAGACAAACUCGGAAAUGACUCGCAAAGCCCGUGAGGGUGUCAUGGAAUUCCUGCUGAUGAAUCACCCGUUGGAUUGUCCGAUUUGUGAUCAGGGUGGCGAGUGUGAUCUGCAGGAUCAGGCAAUGGCUUUCGGCUCGGAUCGUUCUCGGUUCACUGAUAUUGAUCAUAGUGGUAAGAGGGCCGUUGAAGAUAAGGACAUUGGACCGCUGGUUAAAACCAUUAUGACCCGAUGCAUUCACUGCACUCGCUGUAUUCGGUUCGCAUCCGAGGUGGCCGGAGUCGAUGAUUUGGGAACCACUGGACGUGGUAAUGAUAUGCAAAUUGGAACCUACGUAGAGAAGUUGUUCCUAUCGGAACUGUCGGGAAAUGUGAUCGAUUUGUGUCCGGUUGGAGCACUGACCAACAAACCGUACAGUUUCGUGGCAAGGCCCUGGGAAAUCCGUAAGGUUGAGUCUAUUGACGUUUUGGAUGCUGUCGGUAGUAAUAUUAUUGUGAGCACUCGCACCGGUGAGGUGCUACGUAUUUUGCCACGCGAGAACGAUGACAUCAAUGAGGAAUGGAUUUCGGACAAGUCGCGGUUUGCCUGUGACGGUUUGAAACGCCAACGUCUGAUUGCUCCGAUGCUGCGCAAUCCAAGUGGCGAGUUGGAAGCGGUUGAGUGGGAAUCUGCUUUGAUUACUAUCUCGCAGGCACUGAGAAGUGCUCCAAAGGGAAAGAUAGCCGCGGUCGCCGGUGGAUUAGUCGAUGCGGAAUCGUUGGUUUCUUUGAAGGAUCUUAUGAACCGUCUGGGAUCGGAAACACUUUGUACAGAGCAGAAAUUCCCAACCGACGGUUCGGGAACCGAUUUCCGUUCCAGUUAUCUGCUGAAUUCUUCGAUUGCUGCAUGUGAAGAGGCUGACCUCGUACUUCUGGUGGGAACUAAUCCGAGAUACGAGGCACCCCUGCUGAACACUCGGCUUCGCAAGGGCUACGUUCACAAUGAGCAAAAUAUCGCAUUGAUUGGUCCGAAGGUUAAUUUGUCCUACGAGUAUGAGCACCUUGGAAACGAGGCAUCGCUGGUUCGGGACAUUGCCAGCGGAAAUCAUCCGUUCGCGAAGAAACUGAAGGCCGCCAAAAAACCGUUGAUUAUUGUCGGUGCUGAUUCGUUGGCCCGCAAGGAUGGUGCUGCGUUUGCGACCGCUUUACAUGUUUUCGCAAAUUCACUGCAACCGGCAGAUCCCAACUGGAAAGUUUGGAAUGUGCUACAGACAAACGCAGCUCAAACGGCCGCCCUGGACGUUGGUUACACGGCGGGAGUGGAUGCGGCAAUCGCAUCGGAACCGAAAGUUGUCUUUCUGUUGGGAGCUGAUGCCGGUAAAAUUACGAAGGAACAGUUGCCCAAAGAUUGCUUUAUCAUCUAUCAGGGCCAUCACGGUGACGAAGGAGCCCAGAUAGCGCAUGCUAUUCUGCCGGGAGCAGCGUAUACGGAAAAGCAGGGGACAUACGUCAACACCGAAGGACGCGCUCAGCAGACCCUGGCUGCAGUGACUCCACCCGGUUUGGCACGGGAAGAUUGGAAAAUUCUACGGGCUCUGUCGGAGGUGGUUGGAGCUCCCAUGCCGUACGACACUUUGGACGAGCUGCGUUCCCGAAUGGAGGAUAUUGCUCCGCAUUUGGUACGCUACGGAAAACUGGAGAAGGCUAAUUUCUUCAAAACUGCGGAAGAGCUUUUGCGCAACGCCGCUAUAAAUUUCGAUGGCAGCAAGGUGGAUGUCCGUCAGCAUAAGCUGGAGGAUUUCUUUAUGACCGACCCGAUCACGAGAGCCUCCCCGACAAUGGCCAAGUGUGUUACUGCGGCUAAGAAGCAAGCUGCUCAAGCAUCCAAUUAAUUGUUUCGAUUCGAACGUAGAAUUUUUUGAGCAUUAAUAAAACAACAUGUUUGAAUGUUAUCAAUUUUUACUGGUGCGAGAUUGGUACUACCGGUUCCACAAUCGAGGCAAUAGCGAUUGUAAAUUUGAACGCUGUAUUGCAAUAUAAUAGAAAUGUAUCAAUCCACUAACUAUAAUAACUUAAAUUUGUCCAGUAAAUAUGAGAAAAUAUUACAA